AUGGCUGCCCCAGUAAACGACAUCACCUCGCCAAACGAGCCCUUCCUGUCGCCCGCCGACCUUGCCCAGGCGACGCGUACACAUGUUGUGCAGGGCCGGUGGCAAGUCAGCUCGCGUAAGCUGCCCAUUUCGCGCGCCAGCGCCAUCGACGCCAUGACGGAUCGCAUUUCCAUCCCUGUGCCCGAGAUGAUCUUUGGCGACAACCAGGUGGCCAUACAGCACCUGCCGUCCGGAUGGGCCAUCUGGUUUGAUGCGGGCGACGCGCUGGACGAGGUCGAUAAGACGGGCCAGGGCCGGCUGCAGGUUGCGUAUGCGAGCGACUGGGCAAGCAGCCGGGAGAUGAGUUCGGUCGAGGGCAUCCAGGAUGUGCGGCCGUACGACUGGAGCUACUCAACGCCAUACAAGGGCACGGAGAAGCCUGUCGGUAGCAGUGCCGGUAGCAGUGCCAGCGGCAGUUCCAGGUCCAGUGCCAACACAGUAUCAACAACGCCGGCAUCUGCAUCCACAGCAGACGCAGCAGCACCCGCCGUCAAUGGUACGGCACCAGAAAGCGCACAGGACACCAGCACAACCCUCCGACCACCGCCGCCACCAAGUCCAUCUCGGUCGGCAUCCUCUUCGCCUUCCUCCUCCCGCCUCUCACCCACGACAGCCGUCACUUCCUUGCCCCUCGACCUCCUUCGCCGUCGCGAUCCCAUCGUCUUCAACGACGACGUUAUCUUGUACGAAAGCGAGCUCGACGACAAUGGAAUUUCGGUUUUGCGCGUCAAGAUCCGUGUCAUGCCACAGCGUCUCUUGUUGCUUAGUCGCUUCUACCUGCGCCUCGACAACGUGCUCGUCCGCGUGCGCGACACCCGCGUCUACGUCGACUUUGACACCGACGAGGUCCUGCGCGAGUACACCGCUCGCGAGGACUCGUUUACCAACCUCCAACGUACACUGGCCUCCCGAGGCUUGCGCGCCGACGCCAUCAUGGUGGCCCUGCGGGACGCCAACCAAGUGGCCGACCUGCUACCCGUUGUGGAGAGCACCAUGGAGAGGCUGGACCUGAGACGCAGCUGA